GUUGGCGUGAUGGAAGCGGAAGUCUGGCCCGCCCUGCCUCCCUCCUCGAAAUGGCGGUGUCGGCGCUGAAGGCGCUCUUUGUCCCGCACGUGCUCCCGGAGCGCUGCUACGACGAGCUCUUCCUAAACUUCAACCUCUUGCACGCGCCGUGCCUCAAGAUCCUCCUCAGCAAAGGGCUCGGAUUCGGCGUGGUGGCCGGCUCGCUCCUGGUGAAGUUGCCCCAGAUCCUCAAGAUCCUGGGGGCCAAGAGCGCUGAGGGCCUGAGCUUCAACUCCAUCCUGCUGGAGCUCCUGGCCAUCAGCGGCAGCAUGGCCUACAGCAUCUCCCGCAGCUUCCCAUUCAGCGCCUGGGGAGAGGCACUCUUCGUAAUGAUUCAAACCGUGUCUAUCGGGUUCCUGGUGCAGCAUUUUGGGGGUCACACCAAGCGUGGCCUGGCCUUCCUCCUGACCUACUUCAGCCUCCUCUCUCUCCUCCUCUCUCCGCUCACCCCGGCAGUAGUUGUGACGGCCCUGCAGGCAUCCAACAUGCCCGCCGUCGUCGUCAGCAGGCUCCUGCAGGCGGCCACCAACUACCGCAACGGGCACACAGGCCAACUCUCGGCUGUCACGACCAUCCUGCUCUUUGCCGGUUCCCUGGCACGCAUCUUCACUUCCAUCCAGGAGACCGGAGACGCCCUCCUGGUGCUGACCUACGUCGUCUCCUCGGGGUGCCACUGCCUCAUCACUGGACAGCUGCUGUACUACUGGAACGCCGCAGACAGGCUCAAGAGAGAGUGACUGGCCUGUGGCUGCGGC